AUGGAGAACAUGCAGCAGCUUCCUGGUUUUUCUCACCCGCCCAGUGCCGAACUUCAGAGAGAGAGUGUGCACCAUAUCGAGGCGGUGGCGGAGCGGGCUCAUCACGGCGGCGGGUGGCUCCUCUCAGGAAUCAUCUGCAUCAACGUCCUCAUCUUGGGUUGCGCGAUUGUCAGCAGCAGCGCCUUCAAUAGUGUGAUCAUCACCCCAGUGCACAGGCAGAUCUUCCUCAUCGUGCUCCUGCUUCUCACCUUGUUGUGGAUGCUGUUUUACACCGUGUGCACGCACAGGAAGGACCAGGCGGUUCUGCUUAAAGACAGCCAUGCUGGACCUCUGUGGCUUCGAGCUGGCCUUCUGCUGUUCGGUCUGCUCAGUCUGCUUAUGGACAUCUUCAAGAUCGCCAACUAUGUGGGCUACCUCCACUGCGACUCACCUGUUAAGGUCGCCUUCCCGGCCGUACAAGCUGUGUUUCUGCUGUACCAGACUUACUUCUUUUGGAUUCAUUCCAAAGACUGUGUGCAGGUUCACACCAACUUCACCCGCUGUGGUCUGACUCUCACCCUAUCGACAAACCUGGUGGUGUGGAUGGCCGCAGUGACCGAGGAAUCGCUACAUCAAACAGAAGCUCCACACUUUAACACCAAUGUGACCUACAAGAUGUACAGAGCCAGCUACGAUGGCAAUAUCAAGUGCAAAUGCAGUCACUCGGCAUGUGACACCUUCAAGGAGGCUUUCUACUACCUGUACCCCUUCAUCAUCGAGUACAGCAUGUUCGCCUCGGCCAUGGCCUACGUCAUGUGGAAAAACGUGGGCCGGGUGGUGGAGGAUCAACACCAUCACAACAUCAAGUUCCGUCCCAAGGAUGUGUGCUUCGGUCCAGUGAUGGGAAUCCUGCUGGUGCUGGUGGGCUUGGUGACCUUCAUCCUGUAUGAGGUGGACAUCAUGGAGGAGGACUACGAGCGGAGACAGCGAGCCCUGCUCAUUCAUUUCAUCGUGAAUAUCGUGAUCCUGUGCUUGAUGUCCCUCUCCACCGUGGUCGGCUGCAUCGUCUACAGACUGGACCAACGAGAGCACGUGUCUGAGAAGAACCCCACCCGUAGUCUGGACGUGGGGCUUCUGAUCGGCGCCUCUAUGGGUCAGAGCAUCCUGAGCUACUUCACUAUUGUGGCUGUGGCAGCGGAGGGGGUUCAUGGUCACCUGAACGCCCUCAACCUGGUGUCGGCGGUGGUGAUAGUCCUGCAGCUGGGGCUGCAGAACUACUUCAUUAUCGAAGGUCUAAACCGGGAGCCUUUCCACGUCAUGCAGGAAGCCACGCUGCACACCAACGCCCACGCCUUUCAGGAGCAGGUCGACGUGAGCGAGGUGCAGGAAGGAAACAAAACCCGAUAUCUGUUCACCUCUGAUCGUGACGAGCCGAACUGGAAGAGGAGGGUGCUGAAGGAAGUGUGCGCGUUCCUGCUGAUGGGCAACGUCAUCCUGUGGAUCAUGCCGGCCUUCGGCGCCCGUCCCCAGUUCGACCAUCCCUUCGAGAUCCACUUCUAUAACUUCACCAUGUGGGCGGCCAUUGUGAAUAUUGGACUUCCAUUUGGGAUCUUCUACCGCAUGCACUCGGUGGCCAGCCUGUUUGAAGUGUAUUUGAUUUCAUAGUGCGAGUUUUG